AUGGCCGAGUCUUUUCUUGUCGACAUUGCAGAAAAUGUUUUCAGGAAGUUGGGCUCUCUUGCUCUUGAAGAAUUUUCCUUCGCAUGGGCACUCAGAAGCGAUCUUGAAAAAAUUAAAAAGAUCUUAGUCGUCAUCAAAGCCGUGCUUUUCGACGCCGAGCAGCAUCAGUUACGGAGUCAACAGAUAGAGGUUUGGCUGGGGAUGCUCAAAGAUGUCCUUUAUGAUGCAGAAGAUGUGGUGGAUGAGUUUGAAUGUGAAGCCUUACGAAGGAAAGUGGUCGAGUCUGGGAACACCACUCGAAAGGUACGCCGAUUUUUUUCUACCUCUAAUCCACUUGCAUUCCGCUUUACAAUGGGACAUAAACUAAAGAAGAUUAGAGAGAGGGUAGCUGAAAUCGCUGCUCUUAAGUCUGAUUUUGGUCUCACCGAGCGGAUUUUCGAUAGGCAUGUCAUUCAUAGGGAGAGGGAGAUGACCCACUCCUUUGUGGAUGCUUCUAAUGUCAUUGGGAGGGACGAAGAUAAAGAGAACAUCAUUGAAAUGUUGCUGCAAUCUUUUGAUAGUGAAAAUGUCUCCAUUAUUCCUGUAGUUGGAAUAGGUGGUCUCGGGAAAACUACACUUGCUAAGUUGAUGUUCAAUGAUCAAAGGGUGAUUAGUCAUUUCGAGCAGAAACUAUGGGUGUGUGUUUCAGAAGUCAUUGAAAUAGAAAAGGUUAUAAUUAAAAUUCUGAGCUCUGCAUCUCCUGGUCAAAAAUAUAUGGAUCUGGAAUUAGACCAGCUGCAAAAAGCCUUGCGACAGGCUUUAGAUGGAAGGAAAUAUUUACUCAUCCUAGAUGAUGUUUGGAGUGAGGACCCUAGAAAAUGGCUGGAAUUAAAAGCUUAG